CGACCGUUGGCCCAGGUGGCGGUGUGGCCGCGCUGGCUGGGGAAAUGUCUGAAAAACUGCGAAGAUGCAGAAAGGAGCUGACUGCGGCCAUUGACCGGGCCUUUGAAGGCGUCAGUCAUUCCCAGGAGUGCUCGGGCCGGCCGAGGCUGGAGCUGGACGCCGCGCCGCUCUCCUUCCCCCUCCCCGUGCACCGGCUCCUCUGCAGGAGGCACCCGCAGGCGGCCUGCUCCUCCGCGGCUCCCUUCCUUCCAGUCCCGUGCGCUCCUGAGAACGAGAGCCCAGCCUUUGCGCCCAACCAUGCCCCAGUGAAUGCAAAGCCACAGGCUUCAUGCCCGAAAAGAAAACCUCUGACCAGUAAGGAAAACGUAUUGAUGCAUUCCUCCAUUUUGGCACCGGAAAGACAGUUCUGGAGAGCCGCGGGAGACGGAGAGAACUGGAGAAAAGACAGCCUAAGGAAAGAUCUGGAGAAAGAUCUGAAGGUUGACUCAAACAUGCCACUCAGCAAUUCUAGCCAAGAGGUCACAAAAGAUCUGCUUGAUAUGAUCGACCAUACGAGCAUCCGAACUAUUGAAGAGUUGGCUGGGAAACUAGAAUUUGAAAACGAGCUGAACCGUGUGUGUGGCCGCUGCGGAGAUUCGCCCUUCAGGGAGGAGGCCUGGGCCUUGCUUGUGGACGAGAGCCCUCAGAAGGGCCCAGAGAGCGACCCCGGCAGCCUCAAGCAGGCUUUUGACGAUCACAAUAUCGUGGAGACUGUGCUAGACUUGGAGGAGGACUACAAUUUGAUGAGCUCUUUCAAAUACCAGGUUGAGUAAGGACAGCUGCCUGGAGCUUUGGUUCUUUCCAGGAGCAGGCUGCUGUUCGGGCAGCGGUCAGCGUCCUGGGGGCCUCUGCCGCGUGGCUGGCAGGUUCGGAGAAUGCCACACCCUUUAACUUGCACUUGUGUCCCUUUUUGAGCUGAAAGCCCAAUUUUUUUAUUCUGUUGUUUUGAAUUGUUUCUCACUGUUGAUUUUUUUUUCACUUUUCUUGACAUCUAAACUGUGUUUUUGAUUGGUAUUUAAUACACCCAGUACCCAAGGCAGGUGCUGGUCGUGGCCUCU